CCGGGAGCGCGGGGGGCGGGGCCGCGGCCCAGGUGGGGAUGAGCCUGCCGUACCUGCCGCCGACCCGGCCCGCCCUCCGCCGCUCUGUGCCGAGCGAGGGGACGUCGGAGGGGUUCCUUGCAGAAGUGGUGCGUCCUGGGCGGCCGCUGAUGAAGGAAGACACGGUGCCCCCGGAACCCCUGAGCUGAAAGGGGCCAGAGAGGGGCCGGCAUGGGCCCUGAGCUGCCUGCACCUUGGCUGCUGCUCUUCACCUGGCUCCCAGCAGGGUGCCUCUCCUUGCUGGUGACAGUCCAGCACACAGAGCGCUAUGUCACCCUGUUUGCCUCCAUCGUCCUCAAAUGUGACUACACCACCUCUGCCCAGCUCCAGGACGUGGUGGUGACGUGGCGCUUCAAGUCCUUCUGCAAGGACCCCAUCUUUGACUAUUACUCUGCAUCGUACCAGGCCGCUUUAUCCCUGGGACAGGACCCAUCAAAUGAUUGCAAUGACAACCAGCGGGAGGUGCGCAUCGUGGCCCAGCGGCGGGGGCAGAAUGAGCCUGUGCUGGGGGUGGAUUACCGGCAGCGCAAGAUCACCAUCCAGAACCGAGCAGAUCUUGUGAUUAAUGAAGUGAUGUGGUGGGACCAUGGAGUGUAUUAUUGCACCAUUGAGGCUCCAGGGGACACAUCAGGAGAUCCAGAUAAGGAGGUGAAGCUCAUCGUCCUGCACUGGCUGACGGUGAUCUUCAUCGUUCUGGGAGCCCUGCUCCUCCUGCUGCUGAUUGGAGUGUGCUGGUGUCAGUGCUGUCCUCAGUAUUGCUGCUGCUAUAUCCGCUGCCCUUGCUGUCCCACCCGCUGCUGCUGCCCUGAGGAAGCCCUGGCCCGCCACCGCUACAUGAAGCAGGCUCAGGCCCUAGGCCCCCAGAUAAUGGAAAAACCCGUAUUCUGGGGGGCGGACAGGAGCUCCCAGUUUUCAUCUUAUCCAAUGCACCCACUGCUGCAGCGAGAUUUGUCCCUGCGAUCCAGCCUCCCACAGAUGCCAAUGACCCAGACCACCGCUCACCCUCCCAUCACCAAUGGUGUCCUAGAGUAUUUGGAGAAAGAGUUGCGGAACCUCAACCUGGCCCAGCCUCUGCCGCCUGACCCCAAAGCCAUACGUGGCCAACCCUGGAGCAUGCUGUCUUCCCUGGGCUCUGAGGUGGUGGAACGCAGAGUCAUCCACCUGCCCCCGCUGAUCGGAGACCUGCCAUCCUCGCGGAGGACCAGCACCACCUCCCGCCAGCCACGGCUCAGCCCCCUUCCCCCGGGACCCUGGGAUCUGAGGGAGGGAGGACGGCAGCGCCACUCUUCUGAUUUCCACCCGGAGCUCCGGGACCGGGAGCCUAAGCACUGGGCGCUGGAGCGAAGGGAGCUGAGCCAACAGCGGAGUGGAAGGCACCACGGCUCCAGGCUCAAGGGGUCACCCAUGCCCUGGUCGGACGGGGACAGCCUCAGCGACGGCCCCUCGUCCAGCGAGGUCCGCUGGCGGCCCAGCCACCGGCCGCUCUGGAGCCGCUACCCCGAGCGAGAGCGGCGGCGCGGGCCCAGCCCCCGGGAGGGUGGCCCGAGGCGGCGCGGGCGCAGGCCCCGCAGCUACUCGCCUCCGCCGCGCGCGGGCCUCAGCUCCGGGAGCUCCGACGGGGACAAGGAGAGGCAGCCCAGGAGCUGGGGGAGCCCCCGCCCCCGCCGCCGGUCGCGCUCCCCACCCUGGCCUGAGGAGAAGCCACCCAGUUACCGCUCCCUGGAUGUGACCUCAGGCAAGAAUGGCAGGAAAAAAGGGAGUGUGGAGAGGCGCUCGUGGAUACAACUCUUUCUUCCAUGUUACCAAGUAAGAAAAUUACAUCCUCAAAGAAAACAGAGUCAGUCAAAGCUGAGACAACUACUGUUACUUCAGUCGUAUAGUGACCAAACUAUCUAUCUUCAUUUUAACAGAAAAAUGAGAGGGAGAGCUCCCAUAGUGGAAGGAGUGUGGUCAUUUAGUCACCGGGCACAGCACUACUUCUGUGGCUGCUUCUCGGCACGUCAUCAGCAUCACCCAGUUUUCCAGCUGACGUGGGAGGGACACUGCAAGUCUGUAUCUAACAGUUUUGGCUUAGAUUCUGAGAAUCAAAUAGAAGAAUAUUAAAAACAAGAGUUUGAGAAAUUGAUGACUGUAGUUUUAGCCUUGGUUCAUAUUCUCUGCAUAUUUAGAUAGUCUCUGACUUGUAAUGGACCCUAAGUGGGAUGCGAUCCCUCUGGAACUUAGUAGCCUGAGUGUUCAACUAGGUUACCCUGCUCAGAACCAUGGCCAUUCUCAAAGGGAGAACUCAGGAAUCUUUAAGAAGAAAUCAACUAUGUUUCAGGAGUGGGAAAUCUAUGGAGUACUAUACGGAAAUGUCCAUGGGAACUUGUCUCUAUCCCUAUAGUGCAUCUCCAUGUUAGGAUUCCACCUUGCUGCACCAUGCCCAGUCCUGAGUGCUCCUGAGGGUCCAGCCAGAGAUGGCACAGGAAAUAGCCCAGCGAUAUGCCCUCUCAUGGGUUAUUUAUUACAAGUGUAGAAAAUCACAAAGAAGCAGUUUUGCACCAACCUUAUUCAUGUUCCUUGUUUUCCUCAUGUUGCUCUUUUUUUUUCUUUGCCUACAUCUAAUUUAUAUUUUCUUAUAUAUUAUGUACCCAUUAAAAUCACUUUAAAUGUUUCUUGGGAAUCACAGUAUAUAAAUAAAUAGAAAAGAAGUAAAAUGUACUGGCCUGAGGAUUCUGCCCCAAAUAAAUAUCUACUUUGGUGCCCUUGA